AUGGAGAUGAUCAACUCUACAUUUCCGAAUUCCACUUAUGACGUUGAUACUGCACCGACAUGGGUGAUCGUGUCCGUGUUCACCGUCAGCACAGCGACUAUCCUACUCAAUAUACCAGCAAUGCUGGUCGUUAUGGCGACAAAAAUAAAGAAUUCGAACUUUAGGAAUAUGCACCUGUUGAGUUUAAGUAUAACUGAUACAGCUGUUGCGAUAUGUAUGUUUCCUAUCCUUUGGACGUAUAUGUUUCCUGAUGGCCACAUGUCCUUCUGGAUGUGCAAUUCUUGUUUUAUGUGUUUUGGUAUCAGCUAUCUCAAUUCUAUGUCCCAGGUGACCACUAUUUGUGUACACAGACUUCUUCUGCUGUUGAGACCAUCCAUGCGAUGUACAGUGAACUACGGUAGACGCAUGUUUGGAAUUAUAUUGCUGACAUUGUUCAUCACGUCCGCCAUCACCAUCACGCCUUUUGUGGUAUUUGCUACACCAGAAGAGAGAAUUAUUUGUGAAUUGGACAAUUUGUUCUCUGUAAAUCUUGGUUACUUCUGUCUUUACGUAGGAAUUUUGUGCUGGAGCCUACAAAUCAUGAUCAUCGGAUGCUGCCUGUCAAUGGUGGCAAUCCUACAGAUGCGGCGGUUGUACAGGGGGCGUUACGACCCUGGUACAACAAUGACCUCUGUGUCCACUAUCAACACUGUACCAUCGAGUACCAGGAACGUGAAAGAGGAUCAACAACUGACGCUUGAAAUGCGGGGCAUCAUCACCAUAUCCAUCAUUGUAUCUUUGUAUACAAUUUGUGUUACGCCAUUACAUCUCGGAUUUUUGCUGCAAGGUUUGUCUCUGUUAGGGAAAAUUGGUAGAACUCCUCGACAUGUUUUCAUUAUUCUCGGAUGCCUGAAUUCAGCUAUCAAUCCCAUAAUCUAUUGUUUCAGAGUUAAUGAAAUGAAGAAUUGGAUUAAAGAAAGUUCACAAAAAGUAGUAAGUUUAUUGCAGUCAAGAAGGUGUAAAACUUGCCUCUCUUUGUAA